AUGGUAUCACUUGCAGAAGGAUUCGGAUUCAACACGAAUCUUCUUGAAACUAACAUUCUCAACCUCGCUGUUGUUCUUCCACUUGUUUUUUCACUUGGAAAGGAUACAUUAACAUCUAUUUUAGAUAACCGACGAGAGAAAAUUCUUAGCAGUCUCCGUAGUGCCGAUGAUCGAUUUAAGCAAGCUCAAUUAGAACUUGAUGCUGCUAAAUCUGAACUUGCACUUGCUGCUGAAAAAGUUAAAGAGAUUCAGCGCGAAGGACAAAAAACAAUGGAAGCCCUUCGUCUUGAAGAAACAAAGCGUUAUGAAGAACUUCACCAACGUUUUGAUGAACUCAAAGAAGAGACAAUUCGUCUUGAAGAGGAAAAAGUUGUAAAAACAUUCCGUCAACAACUUAUCAGUGUAGCUUUUGAAAAAGCAAUUGAAGGUAUCCGUUCACGUAUGGAUGAGAAACUUCACCGUAAAUACAUUGAUGCGAAAAUUGCACUUAUGAAUAGUUCACUUUAA